AUGUGCCUCUCUUCAUUUUCAAACCAAAGUAGCUCAAGCACUACAUAGUAAAUUUCAAAAAAUGAAAAACGCCACUACUAGUGAUUCAUCAAAACUUGAUCGCAAAACUAUUGAAAAGAACCGAAGAAUCCACAUGAAAGCUCUAUGCUUCAAGCUUGUUUCUACUAUUCCUUCUAAGUAUCUCAAACCCACCAAGGACAUGCUUUCGCAGCAGGAUCAGCUGGAUCUAGCGGCCACGUAUAUAAAGCAUCUGAGAGAAAGAAUAGAGAAAUUGAAGGGGGAGAAGGAGCAAGCGAUGAACAUGAUGAGAUCAAACCAAAACAAUAAUAAAAUUUUCAAUAUUGGGUUAGAGUUGCCUUUACUCAAUAUACAGUACUUCGAUUCGGGCAUUGAAGUGAUGUUGAUUAGUGGGUUGAACAAGAACUUCAUGCUCUAUGAAGUAAUUAGUGUCCUUGAGGAAGAAGGCGCUGAAGUUGUCAGUGCUAACUUCUCUACCGUCGCUGAUAAGAUCGUUUACACCCUUCAUGCUCAGGUUAAAAUAUCAAGAGUUGGUGUUGAGCCUACAAGAGUACAUCAAAGGCUUCGGGAGUUGAUUGCGCCACUAGAAAGCUGGGAAUACAUAUCAUGAAUUAAGGCAAAUCAAGAGAGCCCCGUCCAACAACACAUUAAAAAAUGACAACAUGCAAUAGCCAAUAGCCAAUGGGCGCAGUUAUAUAUGCAUGCCGUAGCACCUUAAUCUGAAGUAUUACGAAGCUUAGGUUGCAAAUGUUUCACGGAUACUUAGUUAUAAUUACUUGUUUAAAGAACUUUCUUCUCUUCACGUGUUCAGAUAAUGUACGUUACUACUUAAUUUCAUGAGUUUAUUAUUUGGUUCGCA